UAAACUCGUUACCUCAUUAAUUAAUUAUCAUUAUAAAACUAUUACUAUAAUUAAUAUAAUUAAUAAUAGUAGUCAGAAUCGUAAUUUUAAUUUUUAUUCCAAAAAUAGUUCACAUUAACCAUUAUUUAUGUUUCAUUGUUAUGAUAAUAAUAAGAAUAAUAAUAAUAUUAUUAUUAUUACUAAUGUUUAUAAUAAUAACCAUAACGAUAAUAAUCAAAUAAUGAUAAUAAUAAUCAAUAUUAUUAAUAUUACAAUGAUUUAUCAACAACAGAAGACAGACAGACCUUGAAGAUGCUGCUGUAUAAACUGAUGGAUAGCUCUACUCUGCAGCGACCACAACAGCCACAACAACAACUAAAAAAUGGCGGACUCCACCACCACCACCAUCAUCAUUCUCAACAACAACAUCGUCAACAAAAUUCCGAAAGAGUUGCCAACUUGUUGAUAGCCGUAUCCUACAUCUGGCCUGCUGGCUUGAAAGAUGAACGUAAACCACCACCACCACCACCACCAUCUGCAUCAUCGUUGACGUCAUCUUCUACGUCAUCACCACUCAGACUGGUGAUGAUGUAUUACUCAUAUAAGUACUUGCUCACUGGUGAUUAUGAUGAGGAUGGUGGUAGCAGCGAUGAGGUGAAGAAAGGUGGUCAGAAAUUGAAGCAUCUACUAUACAAGGUUCUGGAAGAUGUUAAGAAGAUCAUCAAUGAUGGCCUGGCAACUGGGAUGUUCAUAAAGGAUGUCCUGCCAGAAAAUCUUCUGCUGAUCGAGAACAUUCCUCUGAAAAUCAAAGAGGCCGCAGUCAGGUCAGCAAUACGAAUCCUCCAAGCCAAGCAACCCGUUACUACAACCACCACGACUGCUUCUGCUGUAGCUACUGCAGCCGCGACUGUUACGUCUGCUACAUCUAUGGCUUACUGCAGUAAUGUCUCAGUGAUCUCAACUCAACUGUCACUAGCUACAACAUCAUCGUCGUCGUCGUCAUCAUCUUCGUCGUUGUCGUCGUCAUCACUGCCUACAGGUGUAAGAACUUUUGUAAGGUCGGUUGAUAGGAACUUGCUUGACAGGGAGAGCUGUGAUAUGUUUUCUCUGCUUAUGGACUUGUAAACUGCAAAUAAAUAACAACUGAACAGCGUCACGCGACUGUUGUACGUCAUGCGCGUGUGUCAUAUUUGACGUGUUACAAACAUUGCUUUUGUCUUCAUUUUGCGUCAUUAAUAUUUCUAUGAGUUAUAUAUUUUUCAGUUGUUUGAAGUUAAUUUGUUUUUUCCUGCGUCACUAAGUUAAUUAAUUUAGUGAAUUUAAUUAGACGAUGAAGCCAUUCAGUUAAUUAACCCCCUUAUUCAUUUUUACAGAAAUGAAGUCGUAUUUUUGUUUUCCUACUUUUUGUUUCAAUGGUAUUUCUUUGUACAAUAUAUCAUAAAUAUUACAAUAUUAAUAACAUUAAAACAAAUCAUUAUUAUUAUUAUUCUUAUUAUUUUAUUAUUAUUAUUGAAAAGAUUUAACUGUAUUGCUACUCAAAAAGUUGUAUGAUUUGUAUAUUUCGUAUCUUGUAUAUAUAGGCAUAGGAAUCUUAACUCUCCAUAGCAUUGUUUCAUGGAUGUGUGUAUGGACAUGUAGGAUGACGUUCAGCUAUAAAUAAACAGACGUCGGUACCUU